GCAAGACCUUUAAACACGGAGGGAAAACGUUGCAUUAUAGGCGACUGUUAGAAUUUUGCUGGCUUUAAAAUAGAAAAAAAACAUGUCUGAGAUUUUGCGGGAUUCGAGUUAUGAACAAUGUGCUGCUGUUAAUAAGAUUACACAGGAAGCCCAUCCGGACUAUGUUGAACUAACAAAUUCUACGUAUGACAAAAUACCAGAUCACCAUUUUAAUGGACAGAAUUCUGCUAAGCUGAAUGGAUCGCAACACGAAUAUACGACACCGCUGGAUUUUCGGGACUAUAGUCUAAAGGAUUCAUUGGAAUAUGAAAAACCUAUACAAGUUGUUCGCCCAUUGAGUCAGUUGCAACCACAGAGACAACAGAAUAAUUAUGUACCUGAACUUCCCAGAAACCACUCACAAGAUAUCCACGGAAAAAGUUUGCCGCAUUCACAGGAACAAAAAAGAAUACAAGAUACAACGCAACGUCAUCAAUUGGAAACCAAAGUGCCUAACAACCAAAACUUAUCUAAAAGAAGCAAACGUCCAUGCAUUGUCACAGUGCUAGUUCUGACAAUAAUAAUAAUAGCAAGUGGUGUAGCAACCUUCUUGGUUUUUCACUUCAAGGAGCAAGACAAAAGCAACACUGAUGGCCAACAGCAGGAUACAACUGGAGAGACAACAUCGACGAUUCUACCAAUGUCAGUUCGCACUUCAACCACUAUGACAACUAAGACUGCAUUCGUAUCAUCUUCGGUUAUCGCAUCCACACUUGCCCAAACGAUGGCACCUACAACAGUUGCCAAAACAGAAGUUGUUACAGCAUCAACCGCACCAACAACUGUUGUUCCCACCACAUUUAUUACAACAACAUUAAGCCCAACUACCAAAACCGUUGAACAAACGGCAAAUCCAUCUUCAUCUGCCUCCCCGACAGGUAUGUUCAAGGACUGUAAAGAGCUGAAGUCAAAUGGCUACAGCAAUAAUGGCGUUUACUCUAUAUACCCAUACCUUCCGGUAGAAACGUCAGUCAGAGUGUACUGUGAUAUGACGACGGAUGGCGGUGGAUGGACGGUUUUUCAGCACAGAAGAGACGGAUCUGUAGACUUUUAUCUUCUUUGGGACAAUUACAAAAAAGGAUUUGGAGAGCCAAACGGAGAGUACUGGCUUGGAAACGAUCAUCUUCACCAGCUGACAUCUUUGGGAACUUCAGAUUUUUACGUACGUCUCGAGAAAUUCACUGGGGGAUGGGCGUAUGCAAAAUAUAACAACUUCACUGUAGCUGACGAAUCAGAUGGAUACAGAAUGAGAUUGAAAGUCGGAUCUUAUCGAGGAAAUGCAGGAGAUUCCAUUGAAAGCCAUGGGACUACCAAUACAAAUGGCUACAAGUUCAGCACAUCCGAUAUAGAUAACGAUUUUGCUCCCGCAAGCUGCGCCUUCGCACGUCAAGGGGCAUGGUGGCAUAACGUCUGUACGUGGGCAAACCUGAAUGGUAUCUAUGGAAACGGAAGUUGUAUAGUCAGUGGGAAUUGUAACUUUUGGUAUUCGCUGACCAACAGCUAUAGUGGAGUCAGGACGUCCUUUAUGAUGGUUCGACGUGUUUUAUAAUGCCGAUGAUGUUUCUCUAAUGGAUUUAUAUAUGUUCAUAAACAGGAAAUAGGAAAUAUAGGAAUUUUCCUGUUUUAUUACAUAAAGAAGUGUUAGAUGUACCGGAAUGAAUAUAAUAUCGCUUUCUAAAACAUCCAAUUCAUUUGAUAUUUGACUUUUGUACUUAUGAGUAGUUGGACUUUCAGAAUAACAUAACAUAUGUAAUUAAUGCUUAUCUCAACACGAUUAUGUAUAAUAACGAAUUGUUCGUGUGAUAGACAGUAUAGACACAACUAUGACGUGAAGUUUUUGCUUAUGUA